AUGCUCCCUCCCUCAGCACAUCACCGGCAAGACAACCAUGCAAGCGCUUGCUGUUUUGACUCCUUGUUUCCUCUCCCACACACACACCAUAUCCUCCUCUCCUUCUCUCCGCGCCGCCUUUCCCUCUUCCAAACCCCGCCAUUACUGCAGUUGCCAGGUGGCGGCAACGCAUUGGUGGAUGACGGUGCAAGCAUGAUGGUGCUGGAGGUGAGCGGCCCUCCUAGCAGCCCAGGCUCUCUGCAUGUGAAACCCUCUCAUGCUGGCCUGGGCCCCCAUGUGAAACCCUCUCAUGCUGGCCUGGGCCCCCAUGUGAAACCCUCUCAUGCUGGCCUGGGCCCCCAUGUGAAACCCUCUCAUGCUGGCCUGGGCCCCCACGUGAAACCCUCUCAUGCUGGCCUGGGCCCCCAUGUGAAACCCUCUCAUGCUGGCCUGGGCCCCCAUGUGAAACCCUCUCAUGCUGGCCUGGGCCCCCAUGUGAAACCCUCUCAUGCUGGCCUGGGCCCCCACGUGAAACCCUCUCAUGCUGGCCUGGGCCCCCAUGUGAAACCCUCUCAUGCUGGCCUGGGCCCCCAUGUGAAACCCUCUCAUGCUGGCCUGGGCCCCCACGUGAAACCCUCUCAUGCUGGCCUGGGCCCCCAUGUGAAACCCUCUCAUGCUGGCCUGGGCCCCCACGUGAAACCCUCUCAUGCUGGCCUGGGCCCCCACGCGGACGAGUACGACGGUGCCUUCCUGGAGCUAUCCCCGGGCAUUGCGGUGGUGACCAACGUGGAGUGGGAGCACGUGGACCUCUUUCACAGCGAGGCAGCAGUGCGGACAGCCUUCACGCGCUUCACCAGCCGCAUAAAGCGGGGCGGCGUUCUUGUAGCAUGUGGCGACAAUGCAGGCUCUCGAGCGCUGGUCUCCCGCCUGCGAGCAAGCCACGGCGACGCCACGGCCACAGCCCCUCAUGCUGCUGCCACUGCCGCUGCCUCGCCUCGCACGGAUAACAGUUCACAGGGUCCUGAUAGUGCUGCUGCUGCUGGCGCCAGUGCAAGGGCCGCUUGGCUGGAUGUGGAGGAGGAGGUACGGACAGCUGUCACGUACGGAUUGGACGUGGGCAACGACUGGCGGGCCAUCAUGCUGGCGCCCAACCAAGCGGGCGGCACGGACUACGUGACGGUGUUUGCCGGCCGGCCCAUGGCGCGAGUGAGCCUGCAGCUGCCUGGCGUGCACAACGUGCUCAACUCCCUCGCUGUCCUCGUUGUUGCCGCCCAGCUGGCAGCCCGUGACGCGCCGACAGCUGGCGACGCGGCACGGGUGGAGGCGGCAUCACUGGAGCUGCAGCGGGCGGCGGUGGCACAGGCGGCGGAGCAGCUGGGGCGGUUUGAGGGGGCGGAGCGGCGGUUCCAGGUGGUGGGGCGGGCGGGCAAGUGGCGGGCCACGUUCGUGGAUGACUAUGCCCACCAUCCCUCUGAGGUGCGCUGCCUUGUGCAUGUGGGUAGUGCUUUUUGGCGCACACGGCGGUCACACCCCUCCCCCUCUGAGGUGCGGGCAGUGCUGCAGGCAGCGAGGCAGAGAUACGAUGAGCAGCCCAUAUGGGUGGUCUUCCAGCCGCACACUUUCAGUCGGCUGGCUCAAUUCAUGGACGACUUUGCGCCCUCCUUCAGCGCAGCAGACCGCGUCAUUGUCACUCAGGUGUACUCUGCUCGCGAGGAGAACCGGUGGGGUGUCUCCGGUGCUGACCUGGCGGGCAACAUCACUGGCCCACCUGCUGUCUACGUGCCCAGCCUUGACGAUGUGAUCGACCGGCUGGAGUGGGAGGUGAAGGCACGAUGCCUUGCCACCGACACUGCCACUGCCACCGCCACCACAGGCAGCACAGGGAGCACCACAGAUGGCAGUGGUAUUAUAGGCGACAGCAGCAGCAGCGGUGGCAGCAGUGCAGGCAGCAGCGAGGGUGGGAAGUGGGAGGGGCCGUUGUGGGACGCAGUGAGCAUAGCGGGGGGCCGGCACGGGCUCAAGGCACAGGACGUGGUCAUCAUGACACUCGGAGCAG